UUCAAAAAAGAAGAAGAAAAAACUAUAAGUAAAAUCUCCGAAUUAAGGAAAAACCAAAAAGAAUUUCUCCGUCCUAUUUGAUUUUCCUUUUCGGAAUCAGUGGAGAUUUCUAGGGUUUUAUUUCAUGUACUGCGAAGCUUUAAUGUCUUAUGAAUGGAGAUUGCCUAUAGCCUCUCCAUCGCUCUCCAAUCCCAUCAGCAGUUGAUCAUAGCCACAAUCAUCACUCUCCUUUCCCUCCUCCUCGCCGUCCGAUCAUUCUUCAAGAGACCCCACAAAUCCAACGCCCUCCGUCCCGUCACGUCGACCGGUAAAAAGGAACCUGAAGAAGCCACAUCCUCGCCCCCCUGCAACUGUUCUUGCUCCUGCAACGGAACUUCCCAUUCCGCGGUGUUCCUGAACGGCGGUAGUGCUGGUCCGCUGCAGGAGGGUAUGGUGACGGCGGAUGUUUCCAAGGUAGCUGCGGAGAGACAGAGCGGGGCGUCGAUGAUGGAGCAGUUGGUGCCGGAGAUUACGACGCACGCGCUCAGUUACUUGGAUUAUCCGAGCCUUUGCAGGCUUUCUAUGACUAAUUCGCUGAUGAGAAAGGCUGCUAAUGAUGAUAAUGCAUGGAAAGCGCUUUAUCACAAGGAUUUUACUUUGGAGCAAGAUAGUGUAACACCAGUUAAUGGGUGGAAGGCAUAUUAUGCAGCUACAAGAGCCAUAAUGAAUGUUAAUGCAGAAUUCUUUAACAUCAUCAGAGAUAGGUCGCUUCAAGCAAUGAGUCGUUUUUGGCUGAAUGCGGAUUAUGUAAAGUGUGUUCAUGCAUCUGGAGAACUCUUUUCAGGGUAUAAUGCUGUAAUACAAAGUUGGCAGCUUGCUUUUAAUUGGGAGCAGGGGGUUGAUUUUCAGGUUAUAGAUGUUCGAGCCCGGGUACUGACCGACAUGGCCUGGGUUACCAUGAAAACCUUUGUUGACAUGGAUAAUGGGGCAUUUAACAUGACUAACGUCUUUGAGUUCCAUAAUGGACGGUGGUACCUGGUGCAUCAUCACAGCUCAGUGAUGCUUGCGGAUGGGGACGUGGAACAACAGAUUGUUCAUGGAUAACAGAAGAUGAAGAGUUAAAUACAAAUUGAUAAUUUUUAGUACUAGCUUCAAAACAUAGUACUAGUGUUUGUUAGCAAAAGCAAGUUGCUUGAAAUUUCUCUGGAAUUUCUUUCAAAGAUAUUUCUUUUCCGGCUUUGCAACCUCAUUUUUGGGUAUUUUGUGGUAAAUAGGUGCCCUUUUACGAUUUAGUCUCUUUGUAUUAUUUCUUUGCUUCCUAAUGAUCAUAAUUUUGGAUGUAUAUAUAUCAACAAUUCUUCA